AUGGGCUCUUCGAGCAUCGGCGUGAUGUCCUGGGCCCAAGGCAGGAAUGGCACACGAUUACCCACGAGAUUCUGCAUAGCAGGAAGGGGCCCAGCCAGCCCUUCGCCUCGUCUGAGAUUUGGUGUCAGGGGCGAGUUUAGGAUAGGAGGCCCCAAUGCAAGGAGCAUCCGGCCACGUUUGCGGCCGCAGCACGAGACGGCGGGCGACUGUGCAGGGCCUCUGGCGGCCGCCGCGUCCGUGUCCUGGGCCAGCCCACACCUCUGCAAGAGGAGUGGUCGGAGGCGACGGAGCACUCGUAGAACUCUCGCACGACUGGCAUGGAGCGAGGCAACAGAGCAGAAGAUCAAAUCCGUGGCGCAGCAAAAGAUCGAGUCCUGGCUUGAUGCGGACCCAGAGGUCCCUCAAGUUUCGACUUUGGCUGAGCGGAUCUCAGAAGCCGUGGCAGACCUCGAGGAAGGCCUCAUUGAGCGCUCGCUGGAGGUCCGCAUCCUUUUGCUGGCCGCCUUCUGCGCAGAGCAUGUUCUGCUGUUGGGCCCGCCUGGUACGGCAAAGAGCUUGUUGGCGAGGCGGCUUACAAGGUUUGUUGGCACGGAGGCGGUGUUCUUUGAGCGGCUGCUGACACGCUUCUCGGUUCCCGAGGAGCUCUUCGGUCCACUCUCUUUGAAAAGCUUGGAAAGGGACGAGUACGUGAGGAAGACCGCAAAGUACCUGCCAGAGGCCUCAGUGGCUUUUGUGGACGAGAUCUUCAAGGCGAACUCGGCGAUUCUCAACACGUUGCUCUCUCUGGUCAACGAACGAGUCUUCGACAACGGCCCGGAGCGCGUGGCGGUUCCUUUGCAAUGCCUCGUCGCGGCCUCCAACGAAGCUCCAGAAUCGGAGGAGCUCGAAGCCUUGUACGACCGGCUGCUGUUUCGUCUGCUGGUGGAGCCGGUGUCAGAUGCCCGAGUGCCAGACUUGGUCGCAGCCACCUGCCUGAAGCCUCCGGGCACCGCGGACGCGGCCACCGCGGCGGCUGCGAGUCUUCGCUUUCCCGUCGGCCUGGAGGAUGCGCAGCGCGCGCAGGAGCUCGCGGGCACGGUGAAGGUGGGUGAGAAAGUCGUUGAGGUUUUGGUGGACUGCCGGCGCUUCUUCGCAAAGCUGCAGCCACCCGUUCAGCUCUCGGACCGAAGACUUGGCCAAUCCGUGCGCAUGAUGCAGGUGGCUGCCUGGACCUGCGGUCGAAGCGAAGUAGAGCUCUGCGACUGUGCUUUGCUUGGCCACGUCUUUUGGAGCAGCCCGGAGCACUGCGAGCUUUUUCAAACGUAUCUGCGCGGCCGCUUGGCCAGAACUCGGCGCCGGCAGCUGACAGCCAUCCUUGGCGGCCUGCUCGAGCGGGUUGAGUCUGGUGCCACCUCUGCCGAAGACCUCUUGCGAGAGCUGGAGGCAUUCCGUCGGGCCAUUACCCAAGAGAUUUGCAGCUUUGAGAGGCAGCGCUGCCUCGCAAAGGCGCAUCCAUGGUUGGCACCCGAGGAGACUGCGGCGUGGGACGCUCUGCUUGUGUCAGCCUUGGAGGGCUUGAGGGCUCUACUCUAUGAUGUCGCCGCGCUUUCUGCGGCGGCCGAGCUGGGUGGAGAUGUCCCUGUUGAGUGGUUGAGGCUCUGCCAGGGUCGUGGGCAGCGCUGGACAGGGAGUGGGGAUGGCGACAGGGAAGAUGAUGACGACGUGGAUGAGACCUUCACUGUGGGCAAGCACAAGGGCCGCCUUUUCAGCGAGGUGGCCGCGGAAGACGAGGAUUACUGCAGAAUGGUGCAGCGGAAAGUGUCGGAGGGCAGCUUCGGCGGAGAGUCCACUCUCGACAAGCAAGUUACUGCGUUUGUUGCCUACCUGAAGUUGCAGCGGCAAGUGUAG